AGGAGGAGCGGAGGGGAGGGGGGGCGCUAAACGUCGUGUUAUCUGGUGGUUCCUCUCCUCUUCCUCCAAGGUGCUAUGUCUGCUCCACGCCGCUCCAGCUUCCCUCCUGCCCGCGUCGACACAUAGACACGCCGCGAGGAAACCCAGCGUCGCCUCGUAGCUUUGUCCGGCCCACUGAUUGAAGGACUGACUGUAACGGUGAAAGAAGAAGAGGCACCCCCCGUCAUGACCUCCUCUUCUUUCUCCUCCUCUCCAUCAGAUCGCUAAAUGGGAUUGACGACAGCCACUUGCCAUCAGCUUGUGUGCUUAUUUUUCAAAUGAGGACGCCAGCGAGGAUUUAACUGCUUUGUGUUAUUUCAAGACGCGAUAAAAGGUCUGCACAUGGGGGCGGGCAAGAGCAAGCCCAAGGAACCGGGCCAGCGCUCCAUGAGUGUUGACGGCACCAUUGGCACAGGCUCUGACAGCGGCCACUUUCACCACCUGGGCCCCGCCCAGCAGACCCAAACCCCAAACAGGAGCCCAGCGGUGGGGACAGGCCGUCGGGGCUACCAAGGACAGUAUCAGCACGCCCCCACAAACACUCCUGAGCUAGCUCUCUUUGGAGGAGUGGACCACACGGGCACCGUCACCUCACCCCAGCGAGGACCUCUGUCAGGAGGUGUUACUACAUUUGUGGCGUUGUAUGACUAUGAGUCACGGACGGCAUCCGAUCUGACCUUUCGGAAAGGCGACAGACUCCAGAUUGUCAACAACACGAAAAAGUACAGCUUCAGAGAAGGAGACUGGUGGCUUGCUCGCUCCCUGACGACCGGAGAGAGCGGUUAUAUCCCCAGCAACUAUGUGGCUCCGUCAGACUCCAUCCAAGCCGAAGAGUGGUAUUUUGGGAAGAUCACAAGGCGGGACUCGGAAAGGAUCCUUUUGAAUUUACAGAACAGACGAGGGACCUUCUUGGUGAGGGAGAGCGAGACUACGAAAGGGGCCUACUGCCUGUCGGUGUUGGAUUAUGACAACACCAAAGGCCUGAAUGUGAAACAUUACAAGAUCAGGAAGCUGGACAGUGGUGGUUUCUACAUCACGUCCCGCACGCAGUUCACCAGCUUGCAGCAGCUAGUCUUCCAUUAUCGCAAGCACUCUGACGGGCUGUGCCACGCUCUCACCGACGUGUGCCCUGUGGCCAAGCCUCAGACCCAGGGACUAGCUAGAGACGCCUGGGAGAUCCCCCGAGAGUCCCUCCGUCUUGAUCUUAAACUCGGCCAAGGCUGCUUUGGAGAAGUUUGGAUGGGCACGUGGAACGGUACGACACGGGUGGCCAUCAAGACCCUCAAGCCUGGCACCAUGUCACCAGAGGCCUUUCUGCAGGAAGCACAGGUCAUGAAGAAGCUCAGGCACGAGAAGCUGGUGCAGCUCUACGCCGUGGUCUCAGAGGAACCCAUCUACAUCGUGACCGAGUACAUGAGCCAAGGCAGCUUACUGGACUUCCUUAAAGGGGAAGCCGGCAAAAUGCUUCGACUGCCUCAGCUGGUGGACAUGGCCGCUCAGAUCGCAGCGGGGAUGGCGUACGUGGAGAGGAUGAACUAUGUACACAGAGACCUGCGUGCCGCCAACAUCCUGGUGGGAGACAACCUGGUGUGCAAAGUGGCCGACUUUGGACUGGCGAGACUCAUCGAGGACAACGAGUACACUGCCAGACAAGGAGCCAAAUUCCCAAUCAAGUGGACGGCCCCAGAAGCGGCUCUUUACGGCCGUUUCACCAUCAAGUCGGACGUGUGGUCUUUUGGGGUGCUUCUGACGGAGCUUGCCACUAAAGGGCGAGUCCCUUAUCCAGGCAUGGUGAACCGCGAGGUGCUGGACCAGGUGGAGCGCGGCUACAGGAUGCCAUGUCCGUCCGAGUGCCCCGGCUCCUUGCACGAGCUCAUGCUCUCUUGCUGGCGGAAGGAUCCGGAAGAGAGGCCGACUUUCGAGUACUUGCAGGGCUUUCUGGAGGACUAUUUCACCUCCACGGAACCCCAGUAUCAGCCUGGGGAGAACCUAUAGAACCACAUACACACAGUCACGCUCAAUGUGCACUAUAUGACCUCAGAGAGCCUGUGAGGAACUUUACAUAGAAGCUUGGCUCCUCUGUGCCAUCAUGGGCUCGCAGAACCUCCUUUUCUGUAAGCACUCACUGUUUACUGGACACUCAGGCUUUGAGGGACGACACUCAUGUGGAGGAGCCAAAGGAGGAGCGACAGACUGGGUCAAAGAGGCAAAAAAAAAAAAUUGACUUUUUUUUUUUUUUUUUUUUUAGUGAAACUGUCACUCAUUCUCUCCAUGAAGAGCACCCUGUGCCCUCCUCGUCCUCCUUUCAGUGUCUCUCCAGUUUUUAAAAGCACUGCUGCUUCUUCUUCAAUCGACUUUGCUCUGAAACUUCAUGUGUAACGUGGAUAUGGACACAUGAUCCACAUUCUUUUCCUAUAGUCAGUCAGGUUGGAACCUCCGCUGACCAGUUCUUUUGUAGUAACAGUACGCAUUCACAUACAUGUCAUGCAACCUAACAGUAAAAUAUGACAUUUACAGACCUGCCAGCCCUCCCAAUUUCCCAUCAGGAGGCGGAAAUUGACGCCUUGUGAUUUCAAAACUUUCACAUUCUACUAUUUAUCAACCAAUUUAAAAUAAGUCUAGAUAAGAGAUAGUGUAUUGGCAGUAUUAGUCUUGAUGCUGGACUUUAGAACAAAAGUGCUUUUAGUAAGCCCUGCUUGGAACAUGACAUUUUGUUUUGUCUGUAGCUUUAAUGCUAAUGAGCUGUGUUUGAACACAAUCGUCUUGGACAGUUUGUGUCUUCAAGAAGCGCUGUUGUGCAUUGUAUCCACUUUUUUUUACAUACAGUACAUAUAUAGUGCAACAUGUGUCCAUCCUAAUAAAUAGCAUAUGUAAACAUGAAGGCGUGGCACAGGAGGACCCAAAGCUUCAAUGCUAGCAUGACACUCACAUUUUAACAGCAACUUCACAUUAAGUGAACUUGGUUGUAAAAUGAUCAAACUUACUUCUCGCACAUCUGUAGGUGACUGAAGGAUAGUUGGCUUUAUUUUCAGUCGUGUAGCGAAGCCUUUUUUUUGCUGUCCUCCCGUGAAGUGGUGGCUGUAGGGACACAUACGUAUUACUGUUAGAUAUGACACCAGGUGGAACACAUGAAUAUGAGGUAAAGAAGGAAGCAACGACACGAUUCACUGUAGCAUGAAGGGAAAGAACAGAUAAUGAAUCCUUAUUUUUGGAAUGGGAAGGAUGUAAAAAAUGAUUUGUCAUGUCGGGAGUUGUGCUGAUUUCUGCCUCCCGGGAAAUCGUGGAGGCUGGCCUGUGGGGUACAUUGUGGUCAUCUACUUCUGUUUAUUAGGAGCUUUAUCAUCAUCAUUAUCAGCGGCGUGACUGGGGUCCAUGUUUAUGAAAUAUUUACCCACUAAAAAAAUCAUUCUUUCAUCACUUGCCUUCUAUUUUACUGUGAAGGGGGCUUACAUGAACUUUUACAAUACAAUUCAUUCUUCCCUUGCUUCCUUUUUUCUAAUGAAAUAUGCAAAGCCAGGGACCCCUAAAAAGAAACGUUUGAUCAGGUAAUCUUAAUAAAACUGUGCUGACAAAUUAGCAUGCUUUUUGUGCCAUUCUCUGCUGGGUUUUGUAUUUAUAAUGCUGUACAUCCACCAUAACUGUGCUUCUUUUGUGCUAAAAAGUCGUCCACUGUAUUCACACUGUACAUAGCGUAGCGCUCCAAGGGUUGCUUUUGUAUCAUAUAUAUGAUUAGAACAUCACUCAUUGUGUUUUUAUUUGAAGUAAGUAGAUGUUUAGGUUGCUGCCAGCCUCAAAGACAACCACAGAAGCAGCAAUAAGAGCCCGCAUCCCCCUUCUAUGAUAUUUAGCCCAUCAUAUAAACAGGAAGUUCUCCAAUAAUGAGAUCAAAGAUGUAAAUAGUAUCUUCAACGACUGUGACUAUCAAGUGUUUUUCAUUUGACUGACUGAGCUUUUUACACCAACUGCUCCCGGGAGAGGUUUUAAUAAUGAGAUGCUACUGUAUUUUUAUUUUCUUUAUGACUCAAAACAUACAAGUCAGGCUUAUUUCCAGUAAGUUUUUUUUUUUUUAAGUGUGUGUUGUGAUUCACUGGAGGGUGGUGGGCCGGGAGGAAGCGCUCAUGUGAAUAAAGCCAAGGUCUGAUUGGAAAAUCUGUGCCAUGAUAUAAAUAAAAGUGUCUGUGUUAUUUUAUGUUGACUUUUUUUUUUACGAAGCUAUGCAGUUUCGGCAGGUCUGGCAUUCCUAAAUUGGGAACAAAUUAGACACAAAAGGUGUGAAGUGAGCAUUUUGUUAUUUUCUAAAGACAUCCUUUUUUUUGUUUGUUUGAGUUUUCAAAUUGUAACAUGACUGAAAUGGGUAUUGUGCCACUUUUAUGUUCUUUAAAUGUGCAAUAAAAUCUAUUUCAAGUGU